CUGCAACCUUCACCGCUUGUUUUGAAAUAGUUGCAGUCAAGGAUGGUUUCUGAAAGUGCUUCCACUUUCACUUCUCAAAAAGCAAAAGUUGAUGAGUUAAUGAAGGUAGACAUAUCAAAAGGAGACUUAUGGUAUAUUCUGUCUCUUAACUGGUGGACAAAGUGGGAAGAAUUUGUGGACUCGGUUUCCAAAAGUGGGAUGGUGGAUGACACUUCGGAAGAAUAUCCUGGAAAAGUUGAUAAUAGUGAUAUUUUAAAUGGUGAAAAGUUGAAGGAAAACUUGCUCUUGGAAAACGAUAUAACGUUAGUACCUAAGGAUGUGUGGAAGCUGUUCGUUGAUUUUUAUGGUUGUGUACACACAAAUACUUCAGUCUUUGAACGACGUGCUAUCCAGACUCCCAAGUCAGCAGAAAUAGAAAUAUAUCCACCUCAUUAUUCAUUUUACUUAAAUCCGUUAAAUUCAAGUCCAACGUUCUUGUUCGAAGGAGUAUAUUGUAAAUUCCAGACAAUACGAGAACUUAAACUGUUGGUUGCACAACACCUCAAAACUGCACCUAGUGUAACGAUUCACUUAUCAAUACACAAUGAGCAAAAUGAAUUUGAAGAACUGGAGGAUGAAGACGCCACCAUAGAAGAAGCUAACUUGGAGCGUGAAAAAGUUAUUUUUGUUCAGCUGGAACCCAGAAAUGGAAUGCGCAAUGACAUUUACGUAGAUAGUUCACGUGUAAAGUCAAAUGACUCUAUAAGAUUUGGAUCUGAAUCACAGAUGAUAUCUUUACAUGAAUCGGGUCCACCUUUAGUACCAGGAGUUUGUGGUCUCAAUAACUUGGGAAAUACCUGUUUUAUGAAUAGUGCUCUUCAGUGUAUGUCCAAUGUUCCUGCAUUAACCAGUUAUUUCCUAAGUGGCAAGUGGAAGUCAGAACUAAAUAUACGUAAUCCUCUUGGGUCUCAAGGACGAAUCGCUACCGCUUAUGCAGAUCUCAUUAAGCAGCUUUGGUCAGGGACUCGAGCAUAUGCUGUGCCUCGUGAAUUUAAGAUUGAAAUAGCACGUAUUGCUCGUCAAUUUUCUGGAUAUGCUCAGCACGAUACUCAUGAACUACUUGUGUUCUUAUUGGAUGGACUUCAUGAGGAUUUAAAUAGGAUACACUCCAAGCCUUAUAUCGAAGUGAAAGAUUCCGAUGGUAGACCAGAUAUGGUGAGCUUAUCCCCUAUUAUACUUAUUGAUUAUAGCGUUUCCAUUUCUUUUGUUACUAAAUCAGUUUAA